AUGGACGCGGUCCUGCUCGAGCAUUUCCCCGGGGGGCUGGAUGCCUUCCCGUCGCCCUACUUCGACGACGAGGACUUCUUCACCGAUCAGUCCUCCCGGGAUCCCCUGGAGGACGGCGACGAGCUGCUGGCCGCCGAGCAGGCCGAGGUGGACUUCCUCAGCCGCCAGCUUCACGAAUACUGCGCCCGCGACGGGACAUGCAUGCUGCUGCCUCCCGCGCCCGGCGCGCCACCUUCGGGGGACCCUGGAGACCCGCGUGGCGCCGGUCCCUGCUACGGGGCGGCCGCGGCUCCCGGUGGCCUCCCUUCAUCUCCCGGCUCGCCCUCUGGCCUGGCCUGGCCGUGCGCCGCGGCCACCGCGCUGUCCCCCGGGGAGCGCCUGCGGGGCCUGGGCGCGGCGGCGCGGCGGCGGCGCCGGGUGCGCUCCGAGGCGGAGCUGCAGCAGCUGCGGCAGGCGGCCAAUGUGCGCGAGCGACGGCGCAUGCAGUCCAUCAACGACGCCUUCGAGGGGCUGCGCUCGCACAUCCCCACGCUGCCCUACGAGAAGCGUCUCUCCAAGGUGGACACGCUGCGCCUGGCCAUCGGCUACAUCAACUUCCUCAGCGAGCUGGUGCAGGCCGAUCUGCCCCUGCGCAGCGGCGGUGGCGCGGGCGGCGGCGGGGGGCCGGGCGGUGGCGGGCGCCGGAGCGGGGACAGCCUGGGUAGCCAGGCCCGCAAGGUCAUCAUCUGCCAUCGCGCCACGCGGUCUCCGUCUCCGAGCGACCCGGAUUACGGCCUCCCUCCUCUGGCGGGACACUCGCUCUCAUGGACUGAUGAAAAACAACUCAAAGAACAAAAUAUCAUCCGAACAGCCAAAGUGUGGACCCCAGAGGACCCCAGAAAACUCAACAGCAAAUCCUCCUUCAACAACAGAGAGAACGAACCACCCUUCGAGUUAGUGUCCUGAGAAGUUCCCAAACUCGGUCAGGGACUUCGUGCGUCCCUGUGCGUAUUGUCCGUGUAAAUAUCUACAAUGGAAAUGUAAUUUAAGAUCAAAGUUUUCUAAUGGCAAUCAACUGUUUGUUAUUUAUCUAUUUAUUAUCCUGCUGAGCGAAUGAAAUGAUUAUCCCUUUAUAAAUAUAUAAUUUAUAUAAUUUAUCCUGAUUUUCUAAAAAUAUGCAAUCGCCUAUAAUUCCCACAGCACCUUUGUUGGAAGGACUCUGGCCAGGAAACUCCAUGCUAAUUUAU